AUGCUCGGAUACAAUGGAAUUUUUAACGCUUCCCAGCCUGUUGACUAUGAGAGCCGGAGCUCCUACUCCUUCUCUGUGGAGGUUCUCAACCCCAUAGUGGAUCCUCGAUUCUUGCGUCGAGGCCCCUUCAAGGACCGGGCCUCCAUCAGAGUAGCAGUGCUGGAUGCAGACGAGCCUCCGAGGUUCUCCAGAGCCAGAUACCAUAUGGAUGUUUCUGAAAACUGCCCGCCAGCCUGCACUGUGGGCCGGGUCAGCGCUGUAGAUCCGGAUACUGGUCUUACCAAUAAUAUCAGGUUCUCUAUUGAUCCUCAGUCAGACCCAGAGGCUCUGUUUCGUAUCACCCCAGACACCGGCCUCAUCACCACCGCCAUGGAGCUGGACCGCGAACGCGACCAUUGGCACAACAUUACUGUCAUCGCUACACAAAGAGACAAUCCCAGCCAGGUGUCAAGAGUUCUGGUUGCAAUAGAGACACUGGACCUGAAUGACAACGCACCUGAACUUGACCGGCAAUACUCAACAGCCAUGUGCGACUCGUCCACCAUCGGGCAGAGUCAAACGCUGGGGAUGCUGGUUCGCAUCUUUCAUUCAGGCUGA